AUGGCACCUUACACCAUGUUUCACUCACUUAAUAAUAAUACGUCCGUCAUUCCUAGAUGGCUGACCAGCGAAGAAGGAAUAAUAGCAACUACACUGGUCGGUAUGUUCGACAACGGAUCCGUUCGACUAUCUCGACGAGAUGAUCCAUAUCAUAGAAACCUCGUCACGUAUAUUAUUGUUGGGGCUGUUGUAUUUUUGUUUCUUUUAGCCAUCCCGGCGUUGGAGGUAUGUCGCCGGAAGAGUCGUUGGGGGAAAACGCAACGGGACAUUCCUUCUAGUGCAUCCGCUGAAGUCAAUGACCGGCCCGUCACUCCCCCCACACAGCCCACUCCUGAGAGUUGGGAGCAAGAGCUCCGUGAUUGGAGGGAAAUGCAUUGGGCUGCGCAGGAGGGAGCUUCAGACCAUUUUAUCGUUCCUCCAAGUUCGACCUAUCCCAGUAAAAGGAGGGUACCUGUCCACUACGAUGGGGAGAACGACGACCAGUUGUUUGUUGUUGGUAGUAUGGACUACGAUGAGCACCACGAGGGACUUAGAAGCCCCGUGGUGAUUGGCAUUUCCACAGCAACGGCUAUGCCAAUAAAAAAUGUAAGUGGUAGUCAAAAGUCUAUCGACUUAGGCUCGGCAAAGAGCAAGGAAUCUGAGGAUUCUGCCACGUCAAGUUUACAAGACGGCUCUGACAAGGGCGCUUCUGGAUAUUGGGAUAGUAUAGUCGAUGAUAUAGUAAAGCAGGACUAG